UAAAGGAUAUGACGUAAUUUUCGCGCAUGCGCAGAAAACUGGUUGGCAGUAAAUCAGGUAAGCGUGUCGCAUUAUAACAAUGGCCAAGGGCAAGGUUAACUCCGAUUUCUCUGUUUACCUGUCUGACUACGCUAUCAGCCUUUCAACGGAAGCUCGUGAAAGGUAUUGCAGAAAGCUUAAAUAUGACAGUGGUACAAAGACUCUACCAGAUCCGUACAAAAUCAGUGAGAAGUGGUCAACAAAUCCCAACACGUGGCCUGAUCUUACCUUUGGCGACAUCUACCUUUAUUUGAUUGACACCCCGUCGAUUUACACGAAGGAGUCGAUGAAGGCAUACAAAUCGCUUGAUUCAUACAAGUAUGUGGUUAGUGGUCACGUGCAUGUAGUCAUUUCAAAUCCAAUUGAUGAUGACUGUCCUUUUGUUGCAUUAAAGGCCAAGGUGACUCCUUCACAACGUGCAAGAGACAAGCCUCAUGAACCAUGGGUUUACUUGCAGAAAUCCAGUGGUACAGUUUACUGUGCUCAUUGCACAUGUAUGGCAGGGUUGGGUGAAGUGUGCAGUCAUGUUGGAGCACUUCUAUUUAAGAUUGAAAUUGGUGUCAAGAUUGGUGUCACUCAGACAAGCUCGACCAGCAAGGCUUGUCAGUGGAACACCUCUUUUCGAAAGGAAGUAAGUAUUAUAAGAACACAUCUUUCCAUAAAAAUGCAGUCUAUAAAUGUGCUAAUAUCAUUGUAAUAUAGAGCCUUUAUCCAAGUUCAAUAAUGAACUCUUUAUGCAUUUAUAACAGCCUGAAAACAUGAUAUAUGUUAUGUCAGUGACGAUUUUGAUUAAGUCAUGAUCACUGCUCAUUAAAUAUCCAUAUAUAUGG